AGCCAGCCAGCCAGCCAGCAGCAGCGCAUAGAUACAGGACAACAGAGAUACUUGAGCACCAUGGCACCCGCGGAGGAGAGCAGCCAGGACUUGCUCCAAGCUUACGUCGAGCUCUGGCACCAGUCCCUGUGCUUCGCCAAAUCAAUGGCGCUCGCCGUGGCGCUGGACCUCCGCAUCCCCGACGCGAUCCACCGCCACGGCGGCGGUGGCGCCACCCUCACCCAGAUCCUCGCCGAGACUAAGCUCCACCCAAACAAGCUUCGCGCCCUACGCAGCCUCAUGCGCGCGCUCACCGUCUUGGGCACCUUCAGCGUCCAGCAACCACCACCAACCAUCGCCGACGCGUCAGGCGAAGCCGUCUACAGGCUGACGGCAGCCUCACGCUUCCUCGUCAGCGACGAGGUGAGCUCGUCGACGUUGGCGCCCUUCGCGAGCCUGGCGCUCCACCCUAUCGCUGUCGCCCCUUCCACCGUGGGCAUGUGCAAGUGGUUCCGGCAGGAGCAGAACGAGCCGUCCGCUUAUGCCCUGGCGUUCUGCCAGCCAACCCCGACGAUCUGGGAGCACGCUGACGACGUAAACGCCUUGCUGAACAAAGGCAUGGUCGCGGACAGCCGCUUCCUGAUGCCAAUCAUGCUCAGGGAGUGCGGCGAGGUGUUUCGUGGGAUCGACUCGUUGGUCGACGUCGCCGGUGGGCAUGGUGGCGCCACCGCCACCAUCGCCGCUGCCUUCCCGCACAUCAAAUGCAGCGUGCUUGACCUCCCGCACGUUGUCGCCGGUGCUCCAUCCGAUGUCAACGUGCAGUUCGUCGCAGGAAACAUGUUUGAGAGUAUUCCACCUGCGACCGCUGUUUUUCUCAAGACAACUUUACAUGACUGGAGUGACGACAACUGCGUCAAGAUAUUGAAGAAAUGCAGGCAAGCGAUAUCUCCACGGAUUGCAGGAGGGAAGGUAAUAAUCCUGGACAUGGUAGUUGGAUACGGGGAGCUAAACACAAAGCAUCUAGAGACACAGGUCAUGUUUGAUUUGUAUAUUAUGACGGUUAAUGGAGCUGAGCGCGACGAGCAAGAGUGGAAGAAGAUUUUCACUGAAGCUGGAUUCAAAGACUACAAAAUCCUACCCGUUCUUGGCGCUCUAUCGGUCAUCGAGGUCUAUCCAUGAAUGCUUGCAUUGGUGAACAAAGGCUUUUAUAAUAAACCAAAGACUUAUGUACUGCUUUUUUUACUACACUUGAACCUCUGAGAAUUUUUUUUUCGAAAGAUCCGUUACCGGCUUUCAUUGAUAAGUGGAGAGAAUAAUAGUUACAAGAGCUAUUUACAAGUUUUUGUGGCCUCGCAGUUUCUGGAGGCCACAACACCGAUACGAUCAGGGAACAAAGGCCUACAAACUCUGCUGCCAACGUUUGUACCUUUAGGGCCUCACCUCUCAUGAGUCGCACUUUUCUUUCUAAGACCAGUAGGCUCCUCUACAUUUGUAAUCUAACCUCUGAGAAUUUGUAAUAAUAAACUGAACAACAGUGUUCUGCC